AUGAAGAAUGUUCCUUAUGCAUCUGCUAUUGGAAGUUUGAUGUAUGCUCAAGUUUGUACAUGGUCUAACAUUGCUUAUGUUAUUAGUGUACUUGGGAGAUACUUGAGCAAUCCUGGUGAAGCGCAUUCGGUAGCUGCCAAGAAAAUCAUGAGAUAUCUACAAGGUACCAAAGAUUUCAUGCUUACUUACAGAAGAUCUGAUUCUCUUGAUAUGGUUGGCUACCCUGAUGUAGAUUUUGCAGGAUGUCCAGAUGACCUCAAGUCUACAUCUGGAUAUGUUUUCCUCAUGGUUGGUGGAGCUAUAUCUUGA